AAGCAAACAGAGGUAUGAAAUAGAAGUUAGCGGGCGCUUCGAACUAUAUAUCGUAAAAUCCAACUCCUAGUAUUUGAAAUCUAACGUUUUCUGUGGAAGCAUGUAAUUUGAUACUUUGCCAGUCCCCCUUGGGCAAUUAAUUUUGGUUGAGUCACGUGACCAGCCGAUACCAGGGUCUUUCCCAAAAAGACCCUGGGUACGAGGAUGGUCGAUUGCUACACUAGUCCAUGGUUUGUCUUCGGUUGGUGUUAUUUUCAUUGGCUCCGGGUUAUUACCGUGACCUAUACUGAUUGGCAAGGAAUGCAUUUGUCUACCAUUUCUUUCACUCGCUUGUCCAUAUUUGGGUACCAGAUCUUUUCGCGUAGUAGGCUUUUCGUUUACUCGAUUCUCUGAUGCCCGAUAUGACCUAAUUUUGUUGCUCUUUCUUGUAAUGUUGUUGGAAUGACCAGCCGUGUGUUCUUCAACAGUAUACCUGCUGAUGCAUUGUACGUAAGUUCGUCAGCGCAAACUCUAAACGGUUUAAGAUUAGGAUCGUUCUCAUCCCAUUUUCCCUCUUUCAGACAUUUCUUAACUUUUUGUAAUACUGGUAUAUUUAAGGGUUGCUUUUUUAUCUCGUCAAGUGUCAUUGACUUUGGAACUGAACAGUUAGUUACAUAGUUCACAUAUUCUUCUGCUGAUGUACUAGUUAUUUGUUCUCUCUCUAUGACAGCUGGAUGUCUACUUUUAAGUAGUCAGCGCUUCGUUUAAGGAUCCUUUGCGGUAAAUGACUUUGAAGUUAAAUGGUUGUAAUCGCAUCAUCCAUCUCUCGAUGCGGGCUGCUGGUCUGGAUCUUGGGUUAUUGAAUACAGAUUCUAAUGCUUUAUGAUCAGUUAUCACAUAUCGAAUUCUGAUCCAAUCAAGAACAUUCGAAAAUGCUCAAUUCCCCAUACUAAGCUAAGUCCUUCAAUAUCUGUUUGAGAGUAUCUUGUCUCAACUGGGCUGAGUGCUCUGCUUGCAUAUGAAAGGAUUUUGUACUGCUGGCUGUGAUGUUCUUUCUGUGCUAGUAUUGCACCAAUUCCAUAAGGGGAGCCAUCUACGAUUACCAGACUUCGUUUCUUUGUAUCGAAAUAUGCCAUAACUGGGGGUACUUGUUAGUUUCUUUUUCAGUUGCUCAAAUGCUUUCUGAUGUCUGUUUUCCCACUUAAACGCAAUGUUUUUCUUGGUUAGUUCUCUUAGAGGUGCUGUAAUAGUUGCAUAAUCUGGAAUGUAUUCGUGACAAGUGUUGGCCAUUCCCAGAAAACUUCUAACUUCUCCACCAGUUUUCCAUCAAUUCUCUCUGGAUCUGGUUUGGUUCCUGCUGCUGUAAAUUUUAAUCCAAAGAACGUAAUUUCGUCUUGUAGAAAUUCACAUUUCCCCCUUUCACUUCCAAGUUUAGUGCUGCUAGCCGUUUUAGACAGUUCUCUGGUGCUUCAUCAUGUGACUUUUGGGUUUUACCACGAAUAAUAAUAUCAUCCACCAGGUUUUUCACUCCUCUGAUAUCGCUAAGGUUUUGUUGUAGCACAUUUUGGAAUAUCUCGGCUGCACUGUUAGUACCGUAAUUUAAUCUUUUAUACUGGAACAGUCCUUCAUGGGUAUAGAAAACGUUAUAAUGAAUCGACUGUCCGGGUGUAAGUCGAGCUGGUGAUAUGCUUGCUUUAGGUCAAUCUUUGAGAAUAAUUUUGCUCCAUUUACCUCAGCUUUAAAAUCUUGUGAAGUUGGCAUGUGUGUCUCUCUCUUUCGAUUGCCUGGUUUGCUUCCCUCAUGUCUACACAUAGUCUACUUUCUUUGGCGUGACGACUAUUGGAGAUAUCCAUGGUGUUGGUUGAUUGGCGACUUUCUCGACAAUGUCUUGCUCUUCUUGUUCCUUAGAGACAUCAUUUCUCACAUGAUAUGGUAUACGUCUUUGCCGCUGCAUAACUGAUUUGACAUCGUCUCGGAAAUGAAGUUUAAUUUGUUGAUGUUUAAUUUUCCUUGCCCCUUGAAAACUGUACUAUAUUUGUUUAUGAUUUCUUGUAUUUUGGGGUCUUUUGAUUGAGGAACACUUGUGUUGAUUUCUGGAUUGGUCUCGCAUGCGGUGCCGUGUGUAUUGUUUUGAUUUGUCUUUGUUUGUUUAUUUUGUUCAGGAAAACCAGAAAUUGUGUUAAUUAGCUUGACCAAGGCCAAAUCUUGGGCUGUUUUAGCACUUAGUAAAUUACCUGCUGCAUGCACCGUCCAUUACAUAUAUUUGCGACACGGUAUAACGCUUUUUCGAUUCGAGUGUUGCUUGAAAUUGUCCGUUUAGAGGCAGAGGUGUGUGAAAUCCAUAUGCGUAGAUUUUAGUUGAACUUUUACGUAAUGAACUUUUUCUCUUUAAUUUCGCGUAUUUCGUAGAAUCAAUGAUGUCAACAGUCGCGCCAGUGUCAACCAAAAUAAAACGUCCUGUCCAUUUAUUUUUACGGUCGCGUGUGUUUUCUCCCUCGUUUCUUGUGAUACUGUGUAAACAUAAUCCUCUUCUUCCGAGCUUUCAGUAUUUGGUUCGCUUUGUGACAUUCCGACAGCCUUUGCUUGUUGUUUUCGUUGUUUAUUCUCAUCCCAUCGUGAUUGGCGCCUUUUUUCUGGGGAGGUAAAACCUUGUGUUUGUAAUUUCUCAAGGUUUCCCUUACUUGCGAAAGAUUUUCCUCGUGUUUGACAUACUAUAGCAAAGUGUCCCUUUAUUCCGCAGUGGUUACAAAUAGCAGACUUCGCUGGGCACGGUUGAUUGUCGUGUGGAUACUUGAAACCGCAGUAAUAACACUUUUUCUCAGUGAGCGUUGCCAUAGCCGUUGCAUUUAUAUUUUCCCUUGUUUUGAAUUGUUCUUCGAUCCCAACGACUUGAGCAGAACUAGUUUCGUAUUUUCGUCCAUCGAUUAACAUGUUUGCCAAACUAUAUUUUGGGUCUUUUAGUGCUUUCUUUCGUAAUCUUGAAGAAGUGCCGUUCGUAACAAUCUGCAUCUUAAUUUCAUAAUCUAUGUUUGUAAAUUCGCACUAUUUUGCCAAGCCUCGUAAACGCGCAUGAAAUUCGUUGAUUGAUUCCUCUUUGCCUUGCGUCGCUUGUCUAAAAACAUAGGUGCGAUAUAUCACGUUUUUCUCUGGUUCAAAAUACUCCGUCAACGCUUUCACUGCUGACUUAAAAUCUUUGGUUUCGCCCUCUUCUAGAGUCUUGAAAACUACGUGUACUUCGGGCCCCGCCUGAUACAAUAAUAAAGCUCGCUUUCUCGCAUCGUCUUUAAUAUCUUCGGCAAGUAAAUAUGUGUUGAAUCUCUUGUAGGAUCACUCCUUGGUUCAAAAGCAGGCAUAGGCUGUAUGUUUUGUGCCGCCAUUCUAGUUUCCCGUUUUAUUUUUCACGCUGUUUAUUUUUGUAUCCUCGUUGCCAUUGUAGAAUAGACUGAAUGAUGAUUUAUUACAAAUGUCAAUCAACGUUUGUUACAGGCUUAGAACUAGUUAAUUAUUAACUUAUCGCAUCCUACAAAUACUACAAUGACUAGUAUAUGCAUCAUAAUCCGCUAGCUACGGAUUAUACUGUUCAAGAUGGCAAUCAUUUUCUAGUAGCUCGAUAUGGAAAGUUAAUGCAUGAGAAGAAGAAUCACAUAAUUAAAACUAAGUUUAUUCUAUCGUUUAUUUAGACUGUUACAAAAUUGGAGAGAAAAAUCACAGAUUUCGAAUUAGUGAACAAAUCUGCUGAUGUUCUCAGAUCAUCUGCUGGGAAUUUAUCAUCGUUUUUAAAAAAAGAAGUGAUAAAUCCAUGGAGUGUAUCACCAGAUUCUGUACAAGUUAUUAAAGAAGAAAAUGUAAUUUAUGAAUAUGCUGGUCAGGAGAAAUAUAAUUCAACAAAUCUUCUGGGUGUUCUUAUUCUUUCAUUACUCUUUGGAAUUAUUUUGAAUGGCCUUGGUGAGAAGGGAAAGCCAAUAGUGGACUGGUUUAGUUGUUUGUUCGAAGUUGUUAUGAAAAUAGUUGAUAUCCUUAUAUGGUACGUAUCGAGCUAUUUAUUUUAUCGUUGACAUCUACAAACAUUAUUCAAUUUACCAAUUCCAAGCCCUCAUGUGUAAUGAUUUCCAAGCUAAAAUAAUUAAAUAUAGUUUAGAAAAUAAAUAGAUAAAAUGUUAGCUCACGGUAUGUAUGACUAUAUAAAUUAAAUUAAAAAUAAUUGCGGUCUAUGUCUGUUAAUUUGACAAAACUUAGAUUUUACUUUGUUUCCACCAGUAAUUAAUCUAUCCGAUGGCAAAAAUUUUUUCUUCUUUGAAAUUCGAGCUUGACGAAUAUUGAAAAGCAACUCAAGAACAUAAGUCUUGCAAUCUAAUAUAAUUUUUUAAAACUCCUUUUAUAGGUAUUCACCCAUUGGUAUCGGCAGUAUAAUUGCUAGCAAGUUUGUGGCAAUGCAAGAUAUUAAAGGCACAAUAGAAAAUCUUGGACUGUAUAUUGCGACUAUGAUCAUUGCAUCAUUGGUUUAUGGGCUUAUCAUACUCCCGGCUAUAUAUGCAAUUUUAUUGAGAAAAAAUCCUUAUCCACUUCUAAGUUGUAUCUCCAAAGCACUUCUUACUGGCUUUGGUACCGCAUCAAGGUGAGCUAGCACGUAAUAAUUGCGUUUACAAGGUUUUGAAGUUAUCAUUUAAAUUAAUAUCACGCUCCAGCAUUAAUUAUUUAUCAUCAAAUUAAUGAAAAAUAAGUAUAUAUAAUGCCUAAUUAACCUACAUGCCUAAUUAACCUACAUGAAUUUAAUUCGUUACGAAUUGGUUCUAUUUUUAAUGAAUAGUUACUAUAAAAUUAUACCAAAAGGUAUCCUUUAAAUGGUGAAAUUUUUUGCAUUGUUUCAUAUUUAGCAUUAAAAUUAAUUUUUACUGGGUCAAGAAUAAAGUUUCUCCAUAAGACAAACUAAUACUAUUUAAGAUGUAUUUGAGUCGAACUGUUUCAAAUUAUUCCAUUAUAUAAAAUAUAACAUAAUUAUAGUAACUUUUUUGUUUUAUAAUGUUUUCAACAUUUUAUUAAAAAAUUGGGGUCGCCCCUUGCCAGAUAUUUUUCAGUUUGAAGCCGCCCCCAAUUCAGGCAAAAAUCGGUUAAAGCCGCACCCCUAUUCUCACCCAACGCCCCCCCCCCCCAUCCCCCUCCCAUUAUUAAUGACCGGUCCCUUAGCUGUAUUCUGUUUCGAAUACAGUUAAUUAAAUCAUCAUUGUAAUUAUAUAUUUUCCAAAACAUUUUUAGAAUACUAUUGGUAAUCACAUAUACAAUCAAAAUGUUUAAAGUUACAAAAUAUGCCAAAACAAACUUGUCACGGAUUGUGAUAUCAAAUCCUGUGACAAAUUAUACAGCACAAUUUUUACUUCACAAUUUUCAUCUGAAAAGCGCAGGGCUGGGUGCGCAAAUUUUAGUACUGCGCGAAAUAUAAUCUUUGUGGUGUAAUAUGAGACACUCAUUGUUAUAGUAAUGCAAAUCAGUUAAUUUAUUAACGCACAUGCACAUUUGCCAUUAAAAAUAAAAAAUGUCUUCAUCUUCAACCUGGACACAAUAAAAAGAGGAUCCAUUUGAACUUUAGUUAAAAUUUGGUUUGACUUAUAAAGUAUAAUAUUAGGAAAUACCAUUUAUGAACCUAUAAUAUAUGAGAAUGCUAGCGAAGAUUAUUUGUGAAUCAUACCGAUAAAUAUUUUAGUUCUUGUUGGUAUUUUGAACUCAUGCUUUAUUGUAAUCAUGAAUUUUGCCUACAUUACAUAAUUUUGGAGCCAUUUUUUGAGGCCACCUAAUCGCUAUUGAGAAUUAUUGAAGUAUUUGUUGAUAAAAAAACACUCAUUAUAAAUGCGUUAAUUGUUAAUAGUUCUAUUAAACAAACCAAAAAGAACGAACACGGAAAAUUACUCGCGGGAAUUUAAAGCUGCGCGAGUAAGUCUCAACAAGGUGCGCGAAAUUAAAUCGCGCGAAUUUAAAGCUGAGCGAAAAUGGGUACGAGGCGAAAUUUAAUACAAGUAAGGUAUACAUGUUAACUUUUACUUGGAUUAUCCCCCAAUCCUAGGAUUCUGGUUCUUGUUUUUCGUUAUAGAUAAAAUAGUGCUCAAUACUACAAAUAUUUAGCACAGCGAAUUAAUUUGUUAUAUUAAAAUGUUUCAAUUUAUCGCCACUAUAAGUUUCAUGCCACUAUUUGUGACAAUCUUCAAGCGAUUAAAUUCAGUUCGUUAUAAUGGCGUGAUCUAUAGUUUGCUGACGUGCACCGUCAUCAUUCGCGCGCGCUUUAAAAAAACUCUGGAUAAUGGAUGGGAACAAACAUGUAACAAUGAGCAAAAGACCCGAGAUAUUCGCAAAAUGCCGACAUCGCGAGAAAUUUUGUCUUGCGUCAUCGGUUUGAAUUUGCAUUUAGCGCGUGCAAAUUCAAACCGAUGACGCAAGACAAGCCUCCACGUCAGCGACCGACCGUUGAUGUUGACAAAUCAAACAUACACUGAAUUAAUUGCCUGAAGAUCAUCUUGAACACAGAGUAGAGACAUACAGAGACGUAACUAGUGUACCCACUUCUUUUGAGCGCAUGCUCGGCAAGUUACUAGAUGCAUGCAUCUGAUUGGAUGACGACCUGAUCACGACUCACUUUAAACUUGCUGAGCACGCGCAGUUGAUCAUUUUUUGCCCGGUCGCCUGAAAAAAAGUGGGUACAUGAAAACGUAAGCUUCCGCAGUGUUUACAACGGUCAGUUACGUCUCUGUAUGUCUCUACUCUGUGUCUUGAAUAAGGCGUGAAACUUGAGUAGCAAUAAUUAAUUUUAAGAUGUCGUAAGUCGGAACAGAUUUGCAGCAGGUCUGUUACAACUUGUUGUCAACAAGCCGAUAUGUGGAUGCGUUCGCUCGCCUUGUAUCUGUCUGUCCUGACAGGUCCGCAACGGCUUGUCAACAGUUCUAUCACAAGCUGUUGUGACAGAGCUGCAGCAAUGCUGUUUUCAACAGGCCUGUCGCAAGUUGUUGACACAGAGCUGCAGCAAUGCUGUUUUCACCAACUUGCGACAGACCUGUUGUGAACCGAGAAAAGCGCCUUAUGAAGCUUCGUGUAUCCACUAUAUUUUGAACAAAAAAUGGCCAAAGAGGUUGAGAAAGUUAAGUGUCUGUUGAAAGGAUCUAUCCAGUUGAGUUAUGAACAAAAUUGUAUGUUAUUUGGUAUAGUUCAAUGGUAUAGUUCAAUAUAUUGAUGUCACCUUGAACUGCUGUAAUACCUGCACCAGAAUGAUUGUCAUUUAUAGACCACCCCCAUCGAAGACUAAUAAAUUAAGCAGCUCAAUAUUUUUUGAAGAAUUCUGCAUAUUUGUGGAACAGUUGAUCAUAUUACCUGGCAAUAUGUUAAUGGCAGGAGACUUUAAUUUUCAUAUAGACAACAUUGGAGAUUCAGAUACUAUUAAAUUCAACAAGAUACUGGAAUCGUUUAAUUUACAACAGCACGUCAAUGGGCCAACCCACAAGAAAGGCCACACCUUGGACUUGAUUAUAACAAGGAAUGAAGAUAAAUUAGUGACUGGUAUCAGAAUACAUGAUCCAGUAAUAUCAGAUCAUCUUGCCAUACAUUGUACAUUACAGUUAGAGAAACCACCAUUAGAACAAGCUGAAAUUUAUUAUCGAAAAUUAAACAAUGUAAACAUGGAUAGUUUCAAUGAAGAUCUAAAAGUACUAGAUUUAAAUGACGAUUAUGAUCUCUCAGUCCUUAUUGAUAAAUAUGAAAAUACGUUGAAAGAAACAUUACAGCAGCAUGCUCCACAAAAACGACGAAUUAUAACUCUUCGUCCUUUAUCACCAUGGUACAAUGAGGAGAUUGGUCAAGAAAAACUAGAAAUCGCAGAAAACUAGAGCGCCGCUGGCGCGCAUCUGGACUAUGUAUUGACAGAGAGUUAUAUGUCAAACAAUGUGAGACAGUGAAUGCCAUGAUAAAGAAUGCUAAGACAACAUACUACUCAUCGGUUAUUUCCAGUAAUGCACAUAAUCAGAAAGUGUUAUUUAGUACGGUUGAUAAAUUACUCCAUCGAAAGCCAGAAAAGCGCUAUCCAACUGCGUCAUCAACGACUGAACUUGUGAAUAAAUUUUCAGAUUUCUUCAAUAAUAAGAUUGCUAUUAUAUGGAAAGAACUAGCCAUCGAUUCUUCCCACUGUAAUCAGCGAAAUCAAGAGGAACAAUAUGCACAAUGCGUUAAAUUCAUUAACUUUCAAGAAGUCACGGAACGUGAGAUUGAAAAUGUUAUUGACAAAGUUGGUAAAAAAUCUUGUGAACUUGAUCCAGUGCCCGCAAAAAUCUUUCAAGGUUGUCGGAAGACUCUCUUACCUAUAAUUACUAAGAUCAGUAAUGAGUCACUUCAGUCAGGUUGUAUGCCUGAGAUACUAAAAGAAGCCGUGUUGAAACCAAAACUAAAGAAAGAUUCGCUGGAUUACGAAGAAUACACAAAUUUCCGACCUAUUUUAAAUUUAAAAUUCCUGUCUAAAGUAAUUGAGAAGGUUGCUGCCGGUCAGCUUCUGGAACACUUGGCCAAUAUCAAAUUAGAAGAACCCUUCCAGUCGGCAUAUAAACAUUUUCAUAGUGCAGAAACAACCUAUUAAAAGUACAAAACGAUAUUCUUGUAGCCAUUGAUAAUCGUAAGUGUGUGGUGUUGCUAUUACUAGAUAUGUCAGCAGCAUUCAAUACUGUUGAUCACGAACUUUUACUACAACGAAUGUUCAAAAGAUUUGGGAUAG